AUGGUUUUGUUAGUAUUAACUGACCGUAUCCGAACUGCCAUAUACCAAGCCGUACAAUCUCCUGAAUUUGACGAAUCCGCAAAGAAAAGGCUUAAGUCUUACCUUAAAGCCUCCGCUUGCGUUCCUCUUGAUUUAAUCAAGGAGGUUUCAAAAUUUUUGCUUGGCCGCGAUGGUAAACUCGGUAAAGAAAUUGGCCUUUCCAAUUAUUGGCUUCAUGACCUACUCACCGGCAGCGGGGUUUACGUUGAACCUCGCAAAGAGAAGCCUAAGAGUCCAGAAUUGAUCGCUCGUUUAGAAUCGAUCCUUGCUGAACAAGCCAAUAAGGAAUAUGCACGUAUGAUUGGUAGAGUCGCCUCCUCUUAUGAUGUGGAGACCUUUAAACUACUUGACACCGAGGAAUUCCAAAGCGUUCGCGGUCAACUAACUGCAAUAAUCAACAUCACGUUCACUGUUGUAGCGGUAUUCGCAGCUGUUUAUCACGUUGCCCAAACCAUAACUGGUGAUACGGGUAUGCGUGUGUUGCUCGCUUUUACCGGAAGUGUCAUCGUUGGUGUUGCUGAAACAAUUUUGUAUAUGCGUUAUCUCACCGGAUACGACAAAAUUGAACAAAAAGAACGUAAACCACGUAGAAGGUCAUCUGCUUCCUCUGUAAUCAAACCAAGGCCCGGAGUCGAUGUAACAAUUACGCCUGACCCUCCAGUUGCCAAAACCCCCGAACAUUUUACUGUUUCAGGAACAUUAGAGCAUGAUAUUACCGCAGGAAAAACCAAUUUUACUGAAUCAGUUAAAGUUGGAACCAAAUUUUCUAUAGAUGUAGAUAAUGUUCCAACACCAACUGAAUUUCCUAAAUUCUACGCAAUUUUUGUUAGUGUUGGGGAAAACCCAGAUAAAGAUGGUAAAUUGAAAGAUGUUUUUGGCUGUUCGCGUGCCGAAUUUUAA